AGAAGUGACGCACUUCCUCUCUUGUCGAGCCGCCGAUGGGUCGCGUAGUGGGUGUUCUCUGAGAAUAAAGGACUCGGACAUUAAUUUCGCGACCCAACAACCGUCUUUGGAGCUGCGAUAGAUCGGUGUUCAGUAAUAGUUCAGGUUGUUUUACAGCUAAAUUGGUCUCCGAGGUUGUAGCCCGCCUUGGUUUUCCGUUAUGGCAAAGGUACAAGUGUUAAAUGUUGCUGUUCUGGACAACCCGAGCCCGUUUGGGAAUCCGUUUCAGUUUGAAAUAACGUUUGAAUGCAUGGAGGAUCUGCCUGAAGAUCUGGAGUGGAAGAUCAUCUAUGUGGGUUCUGCUGAGAGUGAAGAAUACGACCAGGUUCUGGAUUCUGUUUUAGUUGGUCCGGUACCAGCUGGACGGCACAUGUUUGUGUUUCAGGCGGACGCUCCUAACACAGGUCUGAUUCCAGAGACCGAUGCUGUGGGAGUGACUGUGGUCCUCAUAACCUGCACCUACCGCGGGCAGGAGUUCAUUCGCAUUGGUUAUUAUGUCAACAAUGAGUACACGGAUCCAGAGCUACGGGAAAACCCGCCUCUAAAGCCAGACUACUCUCAGCUUCAGAGGAAUAUUUUGGCUUCCAACCCCCGCGUCACCCGCUUCCACAUUAACUGGGAGGGCUUGGCAGACAAGAUGGAGGACAGCGAAAACGUGGACCCGUCCCCGAACAUCAGCGGCAUGCUGCCCCCGCCCUGCAUACCAGGAAAGAUGCCAGCUCUGGGACAGAUGCCCGACAACUCCAUGGACUGCUUGUAGGAGUCGUGGGAUUCACGCUGAUGGACAAGGAGCUCUUCUUACCUUUACAUUCAUAUACAUCACAACAUUUUUAUAAGACCAGGAAUAUCCCCUAUGUGGAUAUUUGAAGGACUAAAUGACAUGGGACAUUUUUCUCUUUUGUGUGGCCCAUUUAAUGGGACGGGUGUUGCCAACCUAUAUAGGUUCCUCUCUUGUAUCCUUUCUUUUUCUCACGCUCUUAAAUCUGCACUGCCAGAGAUGCCUUAAUUUAUUAUUUCCUUGUCGCACGUUAUUUUUCUGCCUGAGAAACCCUGAUUCCUCCAACUCCAACUGCAUUUCUGUCCUUUUGAGCGAAAUUUAAAACCUUGGACACCGAUGUCUGCGUCGCUAUUCAUGUAACGCAGGUGUCAAGCUUUUGAUCAUCCAGAAAGACGGUCUCAUCUGGUGCUUCUCCGAGGAACCGAGGAACCUACUGCCUCUUUGGAUAAAUUGUGCUCAGUCCUAUCCUAAGAGGCCAUGCAGAGCCCAGCCAUGUCACGUUACAUGGCUCACAAUGGUAAACCCACAUAUUUGAGACAGUCCCAAGUAAUGCACCAUUCAUUGAUAAAUUUGGGGGGGGGGGGGGGUCGCAGGACUUUGAAGUUAAAAGAUGAAAUGGGUCCUGUGUUGCUGUCAAGUUCUGUGGUCAAAAAGGCUCUUUGUAAAUAUGUUCCUAGCGCUUGUUUUGCCUUCAAAAUUAAAGGAUGUUAUUUUAUUUUGUGCUCCAUAUAAUUAUAUAUCGUGUUUUUUUUUUUUUGGUGUUUUUUUUAUAUAUACAUACCAUUGGUAAGGUUAAAUAAAAUUUCUUUUUCUGAUUAACACUGC